AAGGGGCCGCGCCCGUUGCCCUGGAAACGGAACGCGGCGGUAUUUGACUAGGCCCGGCCUGGGGCACCGGCCGUCAACCGUGGGGGUGGUCGCGCUGCUCUCCGCUCUCCCCUGGCGGCAGGGCGUCGCCCCAGGGUCAUCACCCCGACGGCCGGUGCUGCCCCAGGAUGGGCCGCGCAGGGCUCGGCACUCGGCAGCUCCCCGCACCGGCUGCGGCCUCCAGGCUCCCCGGACGUGCGGGUCCAGCGGGGGAUGCUCCCGCGGCACCGGGGCGCUCCUUUGGCCGCUCAGGGGUGUCCGCUAGAGCCGGUAGCGGCUACAAAUUCGCUUUGCUGGAGCUGGAAGCCAGACGGAGCCCGUGGCUGUGUUACCGCCGGGCCCUGCCGAAGCCCCAGGAGCCGUGGCAGCGGUGGCUGUGCCCUGCGCUUCUCUCCCGGCUCACCACGGGGACACGGGCACGGGCAGAGCUGGGUGGUUGCCCCUGCCAGGGCUGGCAGGUCUGGCUGGUGCUGGGGGAGAGGGGAAAAUAAACAGCGGGCAUCAGUCUGGUGGGUGUGUGCUUGAAAUCUUCAGGCAGUUUCUUCUUGAGCUGCUGUUGUGAAAUAUACACUUUUCUUUGGUUUUGCUCUGGAGCAGUGAUGGAUAUUUGAGGCUGCAAUAACACCCUAAAGACCCUGUUCCUCUCUGCCCAAUUUUGCUAUUUGUGGUGUUGGCCAGGAUAAAAUUUGCUUCAUGUUUCCAAACCAUGAGAAAAGUGGUAAUUGUUUUUUCUGAUGCUGCUACAGCACCUGCCAGAAAAGUGGUUUUGCCUGGGUCUCCCAGGCACUGCAGGAGCAUAAAAUAAUACUCUAUAUGUUAAUUAGUCCUAUAUUGCUAUCUGCCAGGUGAAACGGGCACCCCUGCAGCUCAGGGAGGUCCCAGCUUUGCUGACGAGCAGGGGUGGGCUGUUUGCCCCUGUGAAUUAGGAGUCUCAGGGGCCUGGGCACGCCACUGCUGGUGCUGGGGCUGUCUUGGGUAGUGGCGUAAGCCAGCCUGUGCACGUCCCUGCAAAUGCCCAUCCUGAGAUCUUGGGGGGCUGAGAGCCAGUGGGAGACAGUGUGUGCCUGCAGAGCAGGGCUGUGCCUCAGCUCCUUCGUGUGCCAGAGCACCCCCUGAAGACUUCUGAGCCCCUCAGCUCUGUAGGCGGUGUGGGAAUUUGACUUUCUGCUUGGCAGUGGGUGUGCAGAGACUGUGAAUUCUUAUCAGCACUUUCAUUACCUUAAUAGAAUUACUUCAGGUCUGUUAAAUUCUUUUGCAGAAAGAUAAAACUUAAUUGCAUGUUUCAUUAGCUUCUCCUUGCUCUGAGCCUCAAAAGAGCUCAUCCUCUGGGUCUCACUUCCAUGGCUGUUCAUAAAAUCCAUGUUGAGAAGCUACAGGAUCUUCUCCAAGAACCUGGACUAGGUGCAGCUGCAAGAUGGGAAUGAGAGGCUGUACGGGCUUGGAGACCUGCAGGAGAGGAUGGGGAAACCAGCUGGCUCCAAAACAGAUUUGUCAGCUGGAAUGGUCUUCAGUGAAAAGGAAAAACUGAAGAUUUCCAAAGACCUUGUUGAUCUCCAGAUCGAGACAAACAAAAUGAAGGAGCAGUAUCAAACGGAGAACUUCAAACUGAAAAAUAUGAUCCUGACCCUGGAGAACCGUGUGCUGGAGCUGGAGCUCUGCAGCGAGAAAGUCACUGGGGAGCGGGAUGCCUUACAGGAGCGCCUGCACACUCUGGAGAGCAGUUGGAAGGAGCUGUCGGAUGAGUACAUCAUUUUGAAAAGCAAUUACCUGGCCCUAGGCAAGGAACUGGAGCAGGAGGUCAUGAAGAAGGAAGAGCUCAGUCUAGAGCUGCUCAACCUGGCCAAUGCCAGGAGCACCCUUCCCUGCACAGAGAGCAACCAGCACCACUCCCCCACUGCGGCCGAUGAAUCCUCUGCCGAGCUGGAAAGACUGCGAGGAAUGGUGCGUCGUCUCUCAGCUCAGAAGGUGAAGUUGCUUGGAAACCAGGAUCACAUAAAAGUGGAGCUUGAGAAACUGAAGGAAACCUAUGAUUUGCAGCAGCGGAAGCUGGAAGAGAGAGUGAUCACGAUGGGGAAGGAGCUGCAGGAGGCGAAGGGAGCGAUUGGGGACACGCAGCAGAAGUUGGCGGAGCAGUCAGCGGUGCUGCUCACCUCCCAGAGCCAGCUCCAAGAGGUGGAGGCGGAGAACUCCCAGCUGCAGCUCCGGUUGAAGGAGCUGAAUGAGGAAUAUCGCUCCCGGCUCACACAGUACCUCAAGGACGUGGCGGACUAUGUGGACAGCAAAUCCAGCAAUGUAACAGGGCCUAGCAAAGCCCCAGGGGAUCAUGUUCACAUGAAACGUUUUGUGGACAACAUGCUGAAGGACAUCAGGGCUUCCUACAAAUCUCGGGAAGAGCAGCUAGCUGGAGCGGCACGUGGCUACAAGAAACGCAUGAAGAACUUGGUCAAGAAGCAUGAGAACCUGCUGAUUGCUUACAGGCUCCAGCGAGAGCAGAUCCGGUCCUUGGGAAGCAGCGCUAUGGACUGUGGCCCUGCUGAGCUGCACUUUACCAUCACAGACCCAGAGCUGCUGACAAACACAACCCAGGAGCUAAACCGGCUACGGGAGGAUAAAGCAAAACUGGAGAUGCAGCUGCAUGAAUUGCAGAAGAAAAGACUGAGAGAAACCCCUGGUUUUCCGCUGUCUCCUGAGCAGCAGCUGGAUGAGGAGGGCUGGGCAGAGGUCAGGAAGCAGCUCCGAGAGUUCGCACACACCACCCAGGAGGAUUUGGAACGGGAGAGGAGCCAGCUGCUGACUCGGGCGGUGGUGGCAGAGGAGCAGGUGUCGGAGCUGCAGGAAUACAUUGAUAAGCAUCUUGCUAGGUACAAGCAGGAGAUCCUCCAGCUGAGGAAGCUCGAUGGCAGUGAGGUGUCACGUGUGCUCAGUGCUGGGGCCGCCAAUACUCACUCCCUGCCCAGAGCCAGAAGGACCGUCAGCCACAAACCGUAGCUCUUCCCUGUGGCUCUCAGAAGCAGCAUGAUCAGAGGAAAGAGCAGGAUUCAAAAGGAAGGAGCUUUCUGUUGUGUGGGCUGACCAUGGCAAGUAUCCGUCCCUGUCUGAGAGCUGGGAGGCACAGUGAGGGAAACCACGUGGGUGUUCUCGGUCUCAAAUUAACAGUACUAAAAUGGGAUGAGACAACUGCAUCUCAUCUAUCCUCUGACCCCUCGCCUGUAGGAAUUCUGCUGUUCCCCAAGCACAUCACGCCUCAGGACACAGGGUCAUGUUCCCAGGCAUCUUUUUACUGUUAGGCUGCAGGGACAAGUUCCCAUUGCUGCCUUUGCUCCUUUCUCAGCUUCUAAGAGAUAAGGCCAGGGCUGGUUCAAGCUAGACUUUGGUCUAAGAAGGUAGACAAAGGGGAUGAGCUGCUCUUUAAAUGUGGGAAAACCUUUUUUUUUCCCCCCUCUGUGUUUGAGUGGAAAUGUUAUAUAAGGUGAGCAGGGCCAAACUAAUCGUUCAGCAGGAGGCGAUCUGGACAAAUUCCUCCUGAGCCACCUUCAAAGGGACAGUGAAACAAAGUCUGAGGCCAGGAGCCACAUCUGCUCUGGCUCCAGGAGCACCCUGCGUCUCAAAGGCAAAGCAAAACUCUCAAAGGAAGAGCCAUCUGAAUGUUUAUUUUGAAAAAUUAACUAAAGUAGCAAAUGUGCAGAAAGAGGCACUGGAAAUUUAGCCCUUAAAUCGUGUGAUAAUUCCAA